AUGUGCGGCUGCGUGAGAAUUCUCCGCGUAGGUAAGCCGCUACCUAAAUCUUGGCAACGGAGACUCUUCAGUUCGUCAUCAACACCUCCCCAGCCCGUACAAGGUGUUCCAUACACAAAACUUAGCAUCGGAGUCCCCAAAGAAACAUGGCAAAACGAACGCAGGGUUGCAAUUGUACCUGCAGUAGUUAAUAAACUAGUUAAAAAAGGAUUUAGUGUAAAUGUUGAAGAAAAUGCUGGUGUUUCUGCAAAUUUUCCAAACAGGAUAUACGAAGAAGCUGGCGCUAAAAUAUCUAACUUGAAGGAUACAUACCAAUCAAAUAUAAUAUUAAAAUUACGUCCUUUAUCAGAAAACGAGAUUCAAAAUGUACAAGAAGAAUCGACUCUUAUAUCGUUUUUAUAUCCGGCCCAAAAUCAAAAUCUCAUACAGAAAUUGGCGGCUAAAAAGGUCAAUGCAUUUGCAAUGGAUUGCAUUCCUCGCAUAAGUCGCGCACAAGUGUUUGACGCAUUAAGUUCGAUGGCCAACGUGGCGGGAUAUCGAGCUGUUAUUGAGGCUGCUGCGCAGUUCCCCCGUUUUUUCUCUGGUCAGAUGACAGCCGCGGGUCGUGUCCCACCAUGCCGUGUGCUAGUGGUGGGCGGCGGCGUGGCGGGCUUGGCGGCGGCAGCGCAGGCACGUUGUAUGGGAGCUACAGUACGGGCUUUUGACACCCGGCCCGCUGUACGCGAGCAAAUAGAAAGUUUGGGGGCACAGUUCAUUACUAUGGAUCUUAAGGAGGAAGGUACUGGUGCAGGUGGUUAUGCAAAAGAAAUGAGCGAAGAAUUUCUCAAUGCUGAGCGAGCACUACUGGGCAAAGAAGCUCGUAGUUCCGACGUAGUUAUUAGUACUGCUCUUAUCCCAGGAAAACCUGCUCCUCUUCUCAUUUUAGAGGAUGCAGUAAGAGAUAUGGCACCCGGUAGUGUUAUAGUCGACUUGGCAGCAGAAAUGGGUGGAAACGUGCAAACCACGACGAAGGGCCAGAUUACUAAAGUACACGAUGUCACUCACAUCGGCCUCACUGACCUGCCCAGUAGGAUGCCAGCACAUGCUUCUACGCUUUAUGCUAACAAUAUCUCCGCAUUUUUGUUAAGUCUGGGAACCAAUGAUCAUUUCCACAUCAAUCUCGAGGAUGAAGUGACUCGUGGGUCAAUAGUUCUAAAGGCUGGUGAGCUGCUGUGGCCUCCCCCGCCGGCGCCCAGCAUGCCUCCAGCGGAAGCACCUAAAGCCACCGCCGCUGUGAAAGUUGAACCACCUAACCCAUUUAAUGAAACUUUAAAAGACACGUUCUUAUAUUCUACAGGAUUAGCAAGUUUAAUUGGACUUGGAAUUGCGUCACCAAAUCCAGCCUUUACCACCAUGACAACUACUUUGGCAUUGUCAGGUGUAGUAGGAUACCACACAGUAUGGGGAGUGGUGCCGGCACUUCACUCCCCGCUAAUGUCGGUCACUAACGCCGUCUCUGGGAUCACUGCAGUCGGCGGCUUGUUGUUAAUGGGCGGUGGUUACGUUCCUGAGACUCCUGUACAGUGGCUAGCUAGUACAGCAGCUCUCAUUUCGUUUGUGAACGUAUUCGGUGGAUUUUUAGUUACGCAAAGGAUGUUGGAUAUGUUUAAAAGGCCAGGAGACCCACCAGAAUAUGGCUAUCUAUACAGUAUACCUGCAGCGGCUCUGCUCGGAGGAUAUUUGACCACAGCAAUGCAGGGAUAUCCUGAAGUCCACCAAAUGGCGUAUCUAGCCUCAUCGUUAUGUUGUGUUGGUGCUUUGGCCGGUCUCAGCUCACAGGCUACAGCACGCAAAGGAAACUACUUAGGAAUGAUCGGUGUGUCAGGUGGUAUAGCAGCCACUCUGGGAUUGCUCACGCCCAGUGCAGAGGUCUUGGCUCAGAUGCUGGGCGUGGCGGGCAUUGGCGGCCUUAUUGGGGGGACCAUCGCUAAAAAGAUUGAAAUUACAGACCUACCGCAACUUGUGGCUGGUUUCCACAGCUUGGUAGGCAUGGCGGCGGUACUGACAUGCGUGGCGACGUACAUGCACGACUUCCCCGCCAUGGCGCUCGACCCCACAGCUGCCACGCUCAAGACCUCCCUCUUCUUGGGAACUUACAUCGGUGGUAUUACGUUCACCGGGUCAUUAGUCGCGUACGGCAAGCUGCAGGGCGUGCUGUCGUCCGCGCCGCUGCUGCUGCCCGCGCGCCACGCCAUCAACGCGGGCCUGCUGGCGGGCGCGCUGGGCUGCGGCGGCGCGCUGCUGGCCUUCCCCGAAGCCCCCGGCUUGCCCUUGCUGUCGGCCGCCGCUGUGCUCAGUGGCAUACAGGGCCUCACCCUUACUGCUGCUAUUGGAGGUGCGGACAUGCCAGUAGUCAUCACAGUCCUCAACAGCUACUCGGGCUGGGCGCUGUGCGCUGAAGGCUUCAUGUUGAACAACUCGCUCAUGACCAUCGUCGGCGCACUCAUAGGCAGCUCGGGAGCUAUUCUAUCAUAUAUUAUGUGCAAGGCAAUGAACCGGUCGCUGCCCAACGUGAUCCUGGGCGGGUACGGCGUGACGACGGGCGGCUCGGCGCGCCCCGCCGGCGCCACGCACACCGAGCUCAACGUGGACUCCGUGGCCGACCUCAUACACCGCUCUGCCUCUAUCAUUAUUACCCCUGGUUACGGUUUGUGUGUAGCAAAAGCACAAUAUCCAAUCGCUGAAUUAGUAGAUAUCUUGAAGGGCAUUGGCAAGAAAGUACGCUUCGCCAUUCAUCCUGUAGCAGGACGUAUGCCCGGUCAACUCAACGUAUUGCUGGCCGAGGCCGGCGUCCCUUACGACGACGUGUUUGAGAUGGAAGAGAUCAACGAAGAAUUCCCUGAGACUGAUCUUGUACUAGUUAUUGGUGCUAACGACACGGUGAACAGCGCGGCAGAAGACGACCCUGAUUCACCAAUUGCUGGUAUGCCCGUGUUGAAAGUUUGGAAAGCCAAUCAGGUGGUUGUUAUGAAGAGGUCGAUGGGAGUGGGUUAUGCAGCAGUCGACAACCCUAUCUUCUACAACCCUAACACUGCCAUGUUGCUAGGCGACGCCAAGAAAACCUGCGACGCUUUGCUCGAUAAAAUAAAACACCUUACUGCU